CUCGCAACUCGUUUCGUCUGUUCUCCAGUUUGGUCGCCAACAGUUUGAAAUGAGUCGUUGUAGAGGUGAGAAGGCGCCCGUGCUCCGAGUCGUGGUGCGCACGUAGUGGUUCCGACUAUGAUGGAGGAGAUGUUCACUGAGUUGCCCGUCCCCUUGCUGUCCACAGCGGCCAUCAUCCGCCACCACACCAGAUACCAGCCCUACCAAAGGCUGCACCAGCCCCAGCACUUCCACACGCCCGUCCAGGAGCUCCACGCGCUGCAACAACCAGACCAUGGCACCACGCACAUCUCCUGUCUCUAUCCAGAGAUCUUGGCCAUCAUCUUCAGCUACCUGGAGGUGCGCGACAAGGGCCGCGUGGCGCAGGUUUGCACUGCGUGGCGCGACGCCGCUUACAACAAGUCCGUGUGGCGCGGCGUCGAAGCCAAACUCCACCUCCGUCGCGCUAACCCUUCACUAUUCGCUUCGCUGGUGAAACGCGGUAUCAAACGUGUUCAGGUCCUGUCCCUACGUAAAUCCCUCCGGGACGUCAUCCAGGGCAUCCCUAACUUGGAGUCUUUGAACCUCCGUGGUUGUUACAACGUGGGGGACGUGGGCAUAUCCCACGCAUUUGUGGCAGACUCACCCACCCUCACCGAACUGGACCUCUCCCUCUGCAAGCAAGUCACCGACACGUCCCUCACACGCAUCGCCCAACACUUGAAGAACUUGGAGGUGCUGGAACUGGGCGGUUGCUCCAACGUCACCAACUCCGGCCUGAUGCUCAUCGCCUGGGGCCUCAAGAAGCUCAAAAGACUGAAUUUACGCUCGUGCUGGCACGUGGGGGACCAAGGAAUCCAACACUUGGCUUCGGGGAAUCCAUCGCUCGAGCACUUGGGGCUCCAAGACUGUCAGAAACUCUCCGACGAGGCUCUCAAACACGCCACCGGCUUGACUUCCCUCAUCUCAAUCAAUCUGAGUUUUUGUGUUAGUAUAACGGACAGCGGGUUAAAACACCUAGCCAAAAUGACGAAUUUACGCGAGUUGAAUUUGCGUUCGUGUGAUAAUAUUUCCGACACGGGAAUGGCGUUCCUUGCAGAAGGCGGGUCGAGAAUUUCGUCUUUGGACGUAUCAUUUUGUGACAAAAUCGGUGACCAAGCGCUAGUGCACAUUUCACAAGGACUGUUCAAUUUGCGAAAUUUGUUAAUGAGUGCGUGUCAACUCUCGGAUGAAGGUCUGGCGAAAAUCGCGAAUUCGCUCCAUGACCUGGAGACGCUCAACAUCGGACAGUGCAGUCGUGUGACGGAUAAGGGCUUAACAACCAUUGCUGAGUCGCUCCUGAGACUAAAGUGCAUCGAUUUGUACGGAUGCACCAGGAUAACGACGGUAGGACUUGAACGAAUUAUGAAAUUGCCGCAGUUGAGUGUCCUCAAUUUGGGGCUGUGGCAUGUUAGGUGAAACGUAUUUGUUGAAAUUUGCGCCCUCUGAAUGAAACGAGUCGAGAUGACCAAAAAUGCAUUCAUUCCCAAAUCUCGACCGGUUCAAGACGGUGGCGGUUUUAUGCUGUGAUAGAUUUUAAACGAAUGACGUAAAGUUCGACUAAAGUGAAAUUAAACGUAAGCAUCGUAAACAAUGAGAACUGAUUUUCUAUGGUGGUGCCGCCAAAAUGAAGCACAUGCUAGUUACAGGGAAUAAUUCACAUGAAUUCGACCGAACAACUUUUUUGAUACUAGUUUAUUAAAACGUUGGUCUGUUUACUCUUUGUUAUUUUUCUACUUAAAUGUUAGCACUUCUAAGUCGCUAUCAACUUUUUUUUUAAUGAAAAGCUAUGUUUUUCACUACGUUUUUGGAUUAUUUGAGUUAUUUUAAGGGAAUUUUUAUCAGCUGUCCCCAUAUCUAAAUUUAAUCGUUUUCGAGAUAUUUAAGAAUUUUUGGAAAUGUUUGAAUUACACCGUUCACUUAGAUGUUCACAUUCAUAGUAAUUUUAUUUAAAGGAGGAUUUUAUUGCAGACGAGUGUAAUUAAACGAAAAAUUCCAAAUAGUGAAUAUUUGCUUCAUUUUGUGCACACCACCCAAGAUUUGACACUGCUACAAGCCUUGGAAUUUUUUUCAUACCUUCACUAGCACGUAGCACCACAAAUUUGCAAUAUUAUACAUCGAAUUGUGAUUAGUUUGUUUCGAAAAAUGUGAUAGCGGUUAAACAAUCAUUUUCGAAAACGUUAAGUUUGAAUUUCGCCUCUUUGUUAGCAUCAGGUUUUUGUUCAAUUUUUGCUUGUUCCGUGUUUUUUUUUUGUGGUGCAGAGACAAUUUUUCAAACUGUAAAAAUGUACAGUGAUCAUUAUAGUAUUUGUAAAUAAACGUAAAGUUAUCAAUAUUUGUUACUAUUACGUUAUGUUUUUAUAAAUUAAACAAAUUUAAACUUAAUAAAGUUUUUAUCAACAAAA